UGCCAGUUCGUUGAAUUCAAAGCUGUGGGCACUUGGAGAGGACGCCGUUGGUUACUAAGCAGGUCAUUUACACCCGAAUACGUUGAAAUAAGUGCCAUAAACACUAGCUAUAUACAUGUUAGUCGCGUUACAGAGAAUUUGGUAUUUGUCUCCAGCAAGAAAAACCAGCUAGCAAGUAUUCGUUGAUUGAUCCUCUGUUCCCCAACUGAGGUCAACAUGUCUGUUGCCAAGGAGGAGGCUUUAUCCCCAGAUGAGCUGAGGAAGAGGCUUUACCAAACCUUUAAGAAUCGAGGAGUGCUUGACACACUUAAAACGCAGCUUCGUAAUCAGUUGAUCCAUGAAUUGAAGCACCCCAUCUUGAGUGGAGAAACUGUUCCCAGGCCAGUCCCUAUGAAGUCAGACUCUGUCCUGGUCACUGCUUCUAACAGUCUGGUGGUAGAUCAUCUGAGGAAUUCUGGGUAUGAGUACACCCUGUCUGUGUUCUACCCUGAAUGUGGCAUGGGCAAAGAUAAGAUUUUCACUUCAAGAGACCUUCUUCAACUUAUGAAAAUCAGCCCGCCGUCACCCCUUUACAAAUCUCUGGCAUCAAGCACACAGAAAGAUAAUAAGGGUUUCCUGAUGAGUCUCCUGAUAGAAUUAACAGACCAUCAUCUGCAUGGAGAACGAUGUGAUGCUGAGACUCAGACCACCACUAUGCCAGCUUAUAGAGAAUCUCUUGUUGACAAGAUGAAAAUGAUCGAUGAGGAGUAUGAAGCUCUCCGCUACAAAGGGGACAAGUGGGUGUCCUAUGAAUCUAAGCUUGCUGCAUAUCGAAAAGAAGUUGAAGCACAGGUUCAAGCAGAAAUGAAUGCAAAGCUGCAACAUUAUAAAGAUGUGGAAAUAGCCAAAGUGAAGAUGGAGGAAAAAGAUAAAUCUCGCAAAGAGAUUUUGCAGCUGAGGCAGGACAUGGAGAGGACUUAUAAGAUGAAGUCAGAGGCAUUGAUCAAUAGGGAGAAGAACGCCAUCGAUCGAUUACAGAAACAACAAGAGAUUGAGGAGAAAGACGUCUAUAUGCAGAGACAAGCUGUGUUGAAAGAAAUAGAAACUGUGCGGAAUAGAGAAGCUGAGCUGAGGUUAAGGAUGGAGGCUUUUGAAAAGACUUGCAAAAUACAGGAAGACAAGACCAAGACCAUGGAGGACCUGCUGAGAAGAAGAGAGUUUGCAGUGAAGAUGACGGAGGACACCUAUGACCAAAAGCUGAAGAAUGAGCUUUCAAGAUAUCAGCUUGAGUUGAAUGAAGAGUACAUCAAAAGGACCGAAACACUCACAGAGAAUGAGAAAAGAACCAAAGUGGAGACUAUUCGUAUGCAGAAGGAGUCGGCUGCAAUCGAUGCCAAGCUAGAGGAACACCGCAGAGCUUGUGCGGAGUUGAGACAAUUGCAGAUGGAGCUGGACACGUCCCAGUCUCAGUUCUCUCUGCUAACGCAGCAGAAUGAGCUGCUGAGAGAGAGGCUGGAGACCAUGAAUGACUACCCCACCCUGAGGCGAGAGAGGGUGGAGCAGCAGGCCCAGUUCAGGCUGCUGAAGAAACAGCUGGAGGAAGCUCAGGAGGAGAACCAGCGCCUACGGGCAGAUCUGGGCAGGCCGUCGGUGGAGCAGCUGGCGUUACAGACGGAGCUGAGGAGGCUGGAGAGUGCCAGGAGGCUGUCGGAGGAGGAGUUUGACAGCCACAGACAGGUGCUGCAGGCCCAGCUCCAUAAUGAGGUGGAGCGCUCUGCCCAGUUGAAGGCCCAGCUCAUAGAAUGUGAGGAGAGGACUCAGUGGAUGACCACCCAUGCAGAAGACAUCAAGAUGCAGCUCCGACAAACACAACUAGCUCUAGAAAACGAGGUCCUGCGUAACCCUAAGCCCUCCCUAGUGGACCGCUCAGUGCUGGAGCUCAGUCCUGAUAAACUAGUGCCCCCUGAUAUCUAUGUGGACAGAGGUGUCCUGAGAGCCUGGGCAGCGGGUUAUGAUGAUGUGUGUGAAGCAGGUGUGAUGCCCUCUCGAGGGCGCAGGCCUCGCUGGGGGCGGAGCAGCUCCCUAGACUCUGACGCUGAGCUGGUGGCCGGGGCCAAGGCCAGGAUCAGAGAGCUGGAGAAGGAGGCGGAGACGCUGGAGGAAGCUUACAGGAACUACCAGCAGAGGGCGGUGUCUCACAUGCUGCCCCCGCGAUGUCUCUCAACCCAACGAGCACCGGUAUCACCCCGCCCUCACUCACCUCAGAGGCAACAUAUCUCUCACCAACGCCCUCGCUCGCCCCAAAGACAACAAGUCACCCCCCACCCUCGCCCCCACUCACCCCAGCAUCCACAGGUCUCACACAGACCUCUCUCCCCUCAACGACAACCCCCUCCCCAGCGUACUAGAGUCCCCACCUCUCCCCAGCCCAGAGUGACCUUCGCUGAAGACCAGGCCCAGCAUCAGUACCCUGGUCCAGGGAGUGGAAGGGACAUCCAGUCCCUGGACUUCAGUGAGGCCCGGUUUUCAGGAGACAGACGCCCCCAGGAAGGCAGCUCCUCUCCCCCUAGACGCCUGUCUUCCACACCCCUCUCCCUCUCCAGGAGGCAGCUUCACACAGAGCCUGUGGAAGAGGCUGAGGUAUCGUCUGUGGCGUUUCCUGUGCUGUCUCCUGAGAGGCAGCUCUCCCCCCUCCCCCUGCUCCACGGAGAGGUGGCGUGCGCAGGGGAUUUUACCUCCAAUCUCUCCCCACCUCUCAGCCCUCAGCUCAGGAGCACCGCACGAGGCCAAUGCAGUCCACCACAGGUACAGCAAAUCAUCUUCUCCAGUUCAGAGUCAGAGUCUUCCCCUCAGCCUGAGAAGAUAACCAUUGAAGAUCUCACAGAGCCUUUGCCAGAGCCCAGACACAUUCCAGAGCUGCUCCUGGACACGGCAGGCCCUGAGGAGGAGGCCCUUGAUGGGCCCCUGACUGUCCCCCCAUCUCGGGCCCCUUGGGACCUCACAGAGACUCAGCUGCAGGGGGAAGUUCAACAAACUCUGGAUGAACCUGCCAGACAGGAGGAGGAAGAGGAGGAGCUGAGGUGGGAGCGAGAGAGGAGAGAAAGAGAAGACAAGCGACGGAGGGAAAAGGAGGAAGCCCAGGAGAGGGAGCUGAGAGAACUGGAGAGAUUGGAGCAAGAAAGGCUAUUGGAAGAAGUGCAGCAGUAUGAAGAGGUGGGGGAAGAUGAGGAGAGAGGAGGGCAGGAAGAACCGAAGGAGGCAGAAGAGCCUCAGGAGGAGAAAGCCCCGUCCUCAGACAAAGAUCCACUCCAGAAGUACAUGAAGAUGAUCAUGGAGCAAAGACGGAGUCAGCAUGUACAGAGCCCUGCUGGUAGAGAGGAGCCAGAACACAGGAGCCCUGAGGCCAAGAGUUUGUCUGAUGAGAAAGAUGACAGCGUUGCUUUCUCACAUGAAGAUGCAGAUGAGUUCUGGUGAGGUGGUACAGAGUGUGAAGACGUGUGUGAGAAAGGUGCAAUACUACUGUACGUCUUACUUUAUUGUUUUUUUGUAUAAAUGUCAGUCUUGGUUCAUUAACUAAUAAACCUUCGAUUUAUAAAUGA